AUGGACGCACCUCCGCCACCAACGUGCCAGCACACCUCCCAUCCGGCGCACAAGCUUACGCUUGUGCAGAUCGGCGGCGCACAAUUCAAGUGCGACGGCUGCGCGCAGGGCGGCCGGGAUCCGAGGUACCGGUGCGAGCUAUGCGACUUCGACCUCCACAUACAGUGCGCCCUAGCGCCACCCGUCUUCCCGCACCCUAUGUUGGCGGGCCGGACAUUCACCCUCUGCUCGGGUAUGGGCAAAAGGUUCUGCAACGCUUGUGGCGACGCCGUGCUCGGCAUGGUGUACCAUGACGGCCAGGCCGACCUCGACCUCCACCCGUGCUGCGCUUUCCUCAAGGACUGCAUCGUCUACCUUGGACGCGUCUUCCAACUCCGCCAGGAGGUGGCCGCUACCUGCAUGCUGUGUGGCCAAAACGGGCCGCGCGGAAAGUUCUGGUCCUACGCCUUGCAUGCCAAUGGUGGCGUUGAGAACAUUCACAUCGCCUGCAUGCUAUAUGCUGAUCACAACCAGACCGGUGCCGCUGAACACUCCCGUUCUACUUCUAGUCAUCAGAUGACAGGUAAUCCUAUUCCUACCUCUGGUCAUCAGAUGACAGAUAAUCCUAUGCCUACCUCUGGUCAUCAGAUGACAGAUAAUCCUAUUCAUACCUCUGGUCAUCAGAUGACAGGUAAUCCUAUCAAUGGUCAUGAGAUGCCCGGUAAUCCUAUUCCUACCUCUAGUCAUCAGAUGAUAGGUAAUCCUAUUCCUACCUCUGGUCAUCAGAUGACAAGUAAUACUAUCAAUGGACAUCAGAUGCACGGUAAUCCUAUUCCUACCUCUGGUCAUCAGAUGACGGGUAAUCUAAUCAACGGUCAUCAGAUGCCCGGUAAUCCUAUUCCGACCUUUGGUCAUCAGAUGACAGGUAAUCCUACAUAUGGUUAUCAGAUGACAAGUAAUCCUAUCAAUGGCCAUCAGACGCCGGGUACUCCUAUUCCUACCUCUAGUCAUCAAAUGACAGGUAAUCCUAUCAAUGGUCAUCAGAUGCCAGGUAAUCCUAUUCCUACCUCUGGUCAUCAGAUGACAGGUAAUCCUACCUAUGGUCAUCAGAUGCCAGGUAAUCCUACCUAUGGUCAUCAGAUGCCAGGUAAUCCUACCUAUGGUCAUCAGAUGACAGGUAAUCCUAUCAAUGGUCAUUAGAUGCCAGGUAAUCAUAUUCCUACCUAUGGCCAUCAGAUGACAGGUAAUCCUACCUAUGGUCAUCAGAUGCUCGGUAAUCCUACCUCUUGUCAUCAGAUGACAGGUAAUCCUACCUAUGGUCAUCAGAUGCCAGGUAAUCAUAACUAUGGUUAUCAGAUGCCAGGUAAUCCUAACAAUGGUUAUCAUAUGUUCGGUAAUCCUAUUCCUACCUAUUGUCAUCAGAUGACAGGCAAUCCUUCCUCUGGUCAUCAGAUGCCCGGUAAUCCUACCUAUGCUCAUCAGAUGAUAGGUAAUCCUACCUAUGGUCAUCAAAUGACAGCGGGUAAUUAUACCUCUCGUCCUCAGAUGUUAGGUAAUUCUACCUACAGUCAGAUGGCAGGCAAUCCUACCUCUAGUCAGGUGAUGUCAGUUGCUUCGGUCCUUGGCGUGGUGGCGGGCAUCAAUGUUUGCGCCUCCUUAGCCAACAACGUCGUAGAGUUAACUCAUGACU